GUGCUGUGGGGCCGCGGAGCUGCGCGUCGCUGUCUCUAUGGCCAGGGAUCCAAGCGCAAAGAGAACGGACCUCAGAGAACCAGAACUAGUCCUGCUGUUGGGGCAGGGUGACCCCAUCAGUGACCUACAACCUCCCUAUGACCCCACAACUCCUUCUCACCAUGCAGUUUGUAUUUGAUGCAGAAAAGCAGUGUGUGAUCCAUCCCUCCCUCUGACCUCUAACCUGGGAUUCCAUGGCCACACAACCCUGUGAUUCCAUGUCGCCUCGAUUCCAGGACCCUCCCUGGCCCCAUGACCCCUGACCUUCCAAGUGACCUCCCUGGACCUUGACCCCUGUGACUAUUCUUCCCAUCAUACCCUGCGACUCUGGCCCUGGCUCCCCUUGGGGGUCUUACCGGUCUGGGCCUCCCCAGGAAAAUGUGGGGGAGGCUCUGGCCCCUCUUCCUGAGCUUCCUCACAGCGUCUGCAGUCCCUGGACCCUCGCUGCGGAGACCAUCCAGAGAACUAGAUGCCACCCCACGGAUGACCAUCCCCUACGAAGAGCUCUCCAAGACCCGGCACUUCAAGGGCCAAGCCCAGAACUACUCAACACUGCUGCUGGAGGAGUCUUCGGCAAGAUUGCUGGUUGGAGCCCGAGGUGCCCUGUUCUCUCUCAAUGCCCGUGACAUAGGAGAUGGGGCUCACAAAGAGAUCCACUGGGAGGCCUCCCCAGAGAUGCAAAGCAAAUGUCAUCAAAAAGGGAAAAACAACCAGACGGAGUGCUUCAACCAUGUGCGAUUCCUUCAGCGACUCAAUGCCACCCACUUCUACGCUUGCGGGACUCACGCCUUCCAGCCUCUCUGUGCAGCCAUUGAUGCUGAGGCCUUCACCUUGCCACCAAGCUUUGAGGAGGGGAAGGAGAAGUGUCCUUACGACCCAGCCCGUGGCUUCACGGGCCUCAUCAUCGAUGGAGGCCUCUACACAGCCACACGGUAUGAAUUCCGGAGCAUCCCCGACAUCCGCCGAAGCCGCCACCCGCACUCCUUGAGGACUGAGGAGGCACCGAUGCACUGGCUCAAUGAUGCUGAGUUUGUGUUCUCCGUCCUGGUACGGGAGAGCGAGGCCAGUGCUGUGGGUGAUGAUGACAAGGUUUACUACUUCUUCACGGAGCGGGCCACAGACGAGGGCCCCAACAGCUUCACUCAGAGCCGCAACAGCCACCGUGUGGCCCGUGUGGCCCGUGUGUGCAAGGGAGACCUAGGAGGAAAAAAGAUCUUGCAGAAGAAGUGGACCUCCUUCUUAAAGGCGCGUCUAGUCUGCCACAUUCCACAGUAUGAGACGCUACGUGGGGUCUGCAGCCUGGACACGGACACCUCAGCCCGCACACACUUCUAUGCGGCCUUCACGCUGACCACACAGUGGAAGACCCUAGAGGCCUCAGCCAUCUGCCGCUACGACCUGGCCGAGGUGCAGGCUGUCUUCGCAGGUCCCUACAUGGAAUACCAGGAUGGUGCCCGGCGCUGGGGCCGCUAUGAGGGUGGGGUGCCGGAGCCCCGGCCUGGCUCAUGCAUCACAGACUCGUUGCGCACUCGCGGCUACAACUCAUCCCAGGAUUUGCCGUCGCUGGUCUUGGACUUUGUGAAGUUGCACCCCCUGAUGGCUCGGCCCGUGGUACCCACACGCGGACGGCCCCUGCUGCUCAAGCGCAGCGUGCGCUACACCCAUCUCACAGGGACACCCGUCCUCACGCCUGCUGGACCCACCUAUGACCUGCUUUUUCUGGGCACAGCUGAUGGCUGGAUCCACAAGGCCGUGGUGCUGGGUUCCGGGAUGCACAUUAUUGAAGAGACGCAAGUGUUCAAGGAGCCCCAGUCUGUGGAAAAUCUGGUCAUCUCGACAAUGCAGCAUAGCCUCUACGUGGGGGGCCCUAGCGGUGUCAUGCAGCUACCACUGUCCAGCUGCUCCCGCUACCGCUCCUGCUAUGACUGCAUCCUGGCCCGGGACCCCUACUGUGGCUGGGACCCCAGCACCCAUGCCUGCACCAUAAUCAACAGGUCCCAGGGUAGCAGGACAGCACUGAUACAGGACAUAGAGAGAGGAAACCGAGGCUGUGAAGGCAACAGGGACACAGGGCCACCACCACCCUUGAAAACCCGCUCUGUGCUCCGAGGUGAUGAUGUCCUCCUGCCCUGUGACCAGCCAUCCAACCUGGCCCGGGCCUUGUGGCUGCUCAAUGGGACCAUGGGCCUGAACGAUGGGCAGCAUGGCUACCGCGUGGGCGUGGACGGGCUGCUGGUGACAAACAUACAGCCUGAGCACAGUGGCAACUACGGCUGCUAUGCUGAGGAGAACGGGCUCCGCACCCUGCUGGCCUCCUACAGCCUCACAGUGCGGCCCGCCACCCCUGCCCCAGCUCCACAAGCCCCUGCCAUGCCUGGGGCACAGCUGGCACCUGACGUGAGGCUGCUGUACGUGCUGGCCAUUGCCGCACUCGGUGGCCUCUGCCUCAUCCUGGCCUCCUCCCUCCUAUACGUGGCCUGUCUUCAGGGAGGCAGACGAGGGCGUCGAAGAAAAUACUCUCUGGGUCGGGCUGGCCGGGCAGGGGGCUCUGCUGUGCAGCUGCAGACGGUUUCGGGCCAGUGUCCUGGAGACGAAGAUGACGGUGAUGACGGGGAGGGGCCUGGGGGCCUGGAAGGUGGCUGCCUCCAGAUCAUCCCUGGGGAGGGAGCCCCAGCCCCGCCGCCUCCACCACCCCCACCGCCACCAGCCGAGCUGACCAACGGGCUGGUGGCGCUGCCCAGCCGGCUGCGCAGGAUGAACGGCAACAGCUACGUGCUCCUGAGGCAGAGCAACAACGGGGUGCCGGCGGGGCCCUGCUCAUUUGCCGAGGAGCUCAGCCGCAUCCUGGAGAAGAGGAAGCACACGCAGCUUGUGGAGCACCUGGAUGAGAGCUCGGUCUGAGCCCAGCCUCCUCGGACAAAUGCUCUUCCAAGCCAGCCUGUCUGCCCCAGGCUGGGCUGUCGCUUCCCCAACACAGCCACUCUACCUUCACC